UCAGCACCACGGACAGCGCACCGGAGCGCCUCUAUCAGCUGCGCGGUGGGUGACACGCUUUCGGCGAAACGUUGGGGCUUGUGGCGUCUCACUCCUCCGAGUCUCUCCCCUUUGAGAAUCCCUGUAAGGUUUCAUUGUAAAGUGGAGAGAGAGAAAACAGAGGGAGGCAGAGUCAGUGCAGCGCAGCAUCACUCCUCUCCUCCAGUCUUCAACUGCUGAGCCAGCCGGCCGGACGGACGGACAGACAGAGUGUGGCUCUGCUGCUUUUCCUUUUUCGCUCCUGUCACGCCAACCGUGAAGAUGCACCGUCCUGUAGGAGGACUGACAUUGUUUGUGGCGGCUUUGUGGAUUUUCUGCAACGUCAACUGUGUGCGGGGAGCUUUGCCAACAGCCCCAAAAUGUGAUGAGGCUCUGGCUUCCGCUUUGCCGCACACAGCCUUCUCCAGCUCAUCUGUCUUUUCAAAUGGAUAUGCACCUGGAUAUGCCAAGCUUAACAGGCGAGGAGGUGCUGGUGGAUGGUCUCCCCUGGAUAGUGAUCACUACCAGUGGCUGCAGGUGGACCUGGGCUCCAGAAAGCAGCUAAGUGCCAUAGCCACACAAGGUCGUUACAGCAGCUCCGACUGGACCACACGCUACCGUCUGCUCUACAGUGACACUGGAAGGAAUUGGAAACCUUAUCACCAAGAUGGCAACAUUUGGGCCUUCGCUGGAAACUCAAACUCUGAGAGUGCAAUCCGGCACGAGCUACAGCAUGGACUCGUGGCUCGUUUCCUGAGGCUUGUCCCCUUGGAAUGGAGCAAAGAGGGCAGGAUUGGUCUUCGGAUAGAAGUCUACGGAUGCUUGUACUGGGCAGACAUGAUCAAUUUUGAUGGGCAAGGUGUGAUCUCCUAUCGUUUCAAGGUGAAGAAGAUGAAGCUCAUUAAGGACGUGAUCGCGCUAAGGUUCAAGACGUCCGAGAGCGAAGGGGUGAUUCUCCAUGGAGAGGGGCAACAGGGGGACUACAUCACCUUGGAGCUCCGCAAGGCCAAGCUGCUGCUGCAGAUCAACCUGGGAAGCAAUCAGUACGGCUCUAUUCUGGGCCAUACCUCAGUGACAACGGGCAGCCUCUUGGAUGACAACCACUGGCACUCGGUGGUGAUCGAGCGUUACCGGCGUAAUGUCAAUUUCACCCUGGAUAGACACACUCAGCACUUCAGGACCAACGGGGAAUUUGACCACCUCGACUUGGACUAUGAGUUGAGCUUCGGGGGAAUGCCGUACAGCGGCAAACCAGCAGGAAGUGGCCGCAAGAACUUUAAAGGCUGCAUGGAGAGCAUCAACUACAAUGGAGACAACAUUACUGACCUGGCCCGAAGGAAGAAGUUGGACACCUCAAGUUUUCGUAAUCUCUCAUUUUCCUGCGUGGAGACGCACUCCUAUCCCGUCUUUUUCAACGCCACCAGCUUCCUGCAGCUGCCUGGCCGGGCCGCUCACAACCUCAUAUCAGUGGGUCUUCAGUUCCGUACCUGGAAUCCACAAGGGCUACUCCUCUUCAGUAACCUUGAUGAUGGGACUUUGGAAAUGUCACUUGAAGAUAGCAAGGCGGUUCUUCGUAUCAAUGUGAGCAGGGCAGACAGGCACUACUUGGUGGUCUUAACAUCAGGUUCAGACCUUAAUGAUGGCCAGUGGCACGCUGUACGUUUGGUAGCCAAGGAGAAUUUUGCCAUGUUGAUGAUAGAUGGCGACGAGGCUUCUGCCGUACACUCCACGUCACCACUUUCAAUUACUACUGGAGGAACGUAUCACCUGGGAGGCUAUUUUCUCCAGACGUUGUUUCCGCCCUCUCAGCGUUACUUCCAGGGUUGCAUGCAAGCAAUCGUAGUGGAUGACCAGCCAGCUGAUUUGUAUGCUGUGGAGAAAGGCACAGUUGGAGCUUUUGAGAAUGUCAGCCUAGACAUGUGUGCCAUUAUAGAUCGAUGUAUGCCUAAUCAUUGUGAGCAUGGCGGUCGAUGUAAACAGACAUGGGACGGUUUCAGCUGCACUUGCGAUGGAACGGGAUACACUGGCGCCACCUGUCACACUUCAAUCUAUGAGCCUUCGUGUGAAGCCUAUAAGCAUUUGGGCCGCUCCUCUGACACUUACUGGGUAGACCCCGAUGGCAGCGGUCCUCUGGGUCCCUUCAAAGUCAACUGCAACAUGACAGAGGACAAAGUGUGGACUGUAGUCAUGAACAACCUUCCACCCAAAACAACAGUGACUGGUUCCAGCAGGGAAAGACGCACCAUCCUCCAAGUCAACUACAGUGCCUCUAUGGACCAGGUGACAGCCAUCACCACCAGCGCAGAACACUGUGAGCAAGAAGUGACAUACAGUUGCCGUAUGUCCAGACUGCUUAACACUCCAGAUGGAACUCCCUACACAUGGUGGGUGGGCCGGGGCAGUGAGAAGCACUUCUAUUGGGGUGGCUCGGGUCCUGGCAUCCAGAAAUGUGCCUGCGGCAUCGACAGGAACUGCACUGACCCCAGAUACGACUGCAACUGCGACGCCGACCACUCGCAAUGGAGAGAAGAUUCUGGUCUCUUGACUUAUAAGGAACACCUGCCGGUCAGCCAAGUUGCAGUGGGCGACACCAACCGAGCUGGUUCCGAGGCCAAGCUGAGUGUUGGACCCUUACGUUGCCAGGGAGAUGACAACUACUGGAACGCCGCUUCAUUCACCACCCCGUCAUCCUACCUUCACUUUGCUACCUUCCAGGGAGAGACCAGUGCUGACAUCUCGUUCUAUUUCAAGACCAGCGCACCAUAUGGGGUCUUCCUGGAAAACCUUGGCAACACAGACUUCAUACGUUUGGAGCUGAAAUCUCCCCAAGUGGUCUCGUUUUCCUUCGACGUGGGGAACGGCCCGGUGGAGUUAAGCGUGCAAUCGGACACGCCUCUCAACGACGACCAGUGGCACCGCGUAAUGGCCGAGCGGAACAUCAAAGAGGCGGUUCUCCUGCUGGACCAGACCUACCGUGUCUCUCGGCCAGCGCCGGCCCAGGGGCACACACGGUUAGAACUGUUCAGCCAGCUCUAUGUGGGGAAACCAGCUUCACAAACCUGCCGAGACAGUGCCGCAGGGGGCCAGCGAGGCUUCCUGGGCUGCAUUCGAGCUCUACGGAUGAACGGUGUCACCCUUGACCUGGAUGAGAGGGCCAAGGUGACACCCGGGGUCAAGCCUGGUUGUCGAGGCCAUUGUACCAGUUACGGCAUGUAUUGCCGUAAUGGGGGAAAGUGUGUGGAGAAGUACAACGGCUACUUGUGCGACUGCAGCGCCACCGCCUAUGACGGCCCUUUCUGCACGAGAGAUGUUGGAGGCUUUUUUGAGACGGGGACUCUGGUCAGGUACAACCUCCUCCCGGAUGGUGCAGCAGGAGCCAUGAAGGACUCCAAGGUCCUCGCGAGUCACCUGACUUUACAGGAAGUCAACUCGACAAAAGAGGAAGUGUCGUUUAGUUUCAGCGCAUCCAGUGCACCGGCCAUUUUGAUGUAUGUCAGCUCCAAGACCGAAGACUACAUGGCAGUGCUGUUAAGGCACAACGGUUCUCUGGAGGUCCGCUAUAACCUGGGAGGUCUGAAGGAGCCAUUUACCAUCGAUGUGGACCAGCGGAAUCUGGCCAAUGGACAACCACAUAGUAUCAAUAUCUCUCGCAUUGACAGAAGCCUCACCAUCCAGUUGGAUCAUUACCCAGCCGUCAGCCACACCCUCCCAGAUGCCUCGGAUACCAAGUUCAACCUGGUCAAGACCCUCUUCUUGGGCAAAGUUUAUGAAACGGGCUAUGUUGACCCAGUAGUGAUCGAGCGUUACAACAGCCCAGGCUUCAUUGGCUGCUUGUCACGCGUGCAGUUCAACGGAGUCGCCCCACUCAAGUUUGCACUGAGGAGCACAACUGUUGUGCAACAAGCGCAGCCUGCAGCUGCCUCGCCGGUAUCUUACCAGGGGAAACUGGUGGAGUCCAACUGUGGGGCGUCACCUCUCACCAUCCCACCAAUGUCGGCCGCAACAGACCCGUGGCAUCUGGACAACACAGAUGCAGAAUUCCCUUUUAAUGAGGAAAGAGUGAUUCCCGAUGGAGUCAAUAGAGACUCUGCCAUUAUUGGAGGGAUCAUCGCCGUUGUGAUCUUCACCAUCUUAUGCACUCUGGUGUUCUUGAUCCGCUACAUGUUCCGUCACAAAGGUACCUACCACACAAACGAGGCCAAAAGCACCACAGAGCCCCCAGGCGAGUCUACGGACACAGCCAUCAUCGGUACAGAAAAUCCGGAAACUAUUGAGGAAUCAAAGAAGGAGUGGUUCAUCUAACAACCGCUGAUAUGACUUUAAGAGGACCUUGGUGGUCGAACCACAAGUCGCCACCGUGAUGGAGAUGCUUAAACAAAACGACCAGUCAUGGAAAGAAUAAAAAGGUCAUUGAGUAGGACAAUAAUCUCCGAAAGAGCGACAUGUAAAAUGUUUUUUUUUUUUUUUAUAUAUACUGUAUAUCUAUAUUGAGAGUAUAGAAGCUAUGAGGGACUCAGCCGAGCCUCGUACGUGUAAAUACUAACUGGCUUGUCCUUUGUAUCGUGCGUGGACGUUUUACGGAGUCCUUUGAAUACUGUAUAUGACAAAUAGUAAUAUUUACUGAGUUGGGUGAUAGGACAGAGUCUAUGUUAGUUUGGAUUUAAUUUUUUAACAAAAAUAUAUCUAAUAUCAAAAUCGAUCAAAUCAUCAUGCCAAAUGGUUUUGUUUUUGCAGACUGUACUUGCACCAGCCUGCCUUUGUAUAUACUUUUUUCUCAAGAUUUAUUUGGAGAGUCCAUAACAUAAAUACUAAACUAUGAAGGAGUGUUACGGCUGCACGGAUAAGAACUCUGAUGUGAAUAAAGUCCUUUAGUGAAGUGAUGAGUAAAUGUGAAAACUCCCACGCUCAAAAUGCAUCAGCUAGUGUGUCGCACUAGCGAUGUGCUACUUUCUAACUGACGCAUUUGUUAAAGACACUUCUGUUUGACGGGCGUAUAAAUCCUGCAAAAGUGGCAAUUUCACUCUAAUUAAUUCUCAGGAACACAUUAAUGAGUUUGAUGGUGUUAAUGUGACAUUGUUUAUUUGUGAAACUUAAAUCCAGCCAGUUCUCACCUAAAUAUUUUCCCAAUAUCGUGACUUUUUUUUCCUCAUACGAUUGACAUUGUGUAUUUUAAAGCAUGUAUUUUUUUUUUUUUUUGUGUGAUUGCCAUAACACUCCUUCAUCCUAAUCUAAAUGAUGAGCAUACAUUUGCCAUAAUUUAUGUAUCAAAUAGAGUUUUAUGUUCAAUUCCUAUGACAUUGGAUUGUACGGGGACAUGUUGGUGUUUUUCCAAGCAUGAUAAGAUGUCUUUCUAGUGAAUGGGUGUGUUUCUUUUGCUCACCAUUGCAGCUUUCUUUUCUAUUUGGAACCACUUAUUCAGCCUUGAACGCUUCAUUUGUCUUUUGCCAACAUUUUUACGUCAACCACUUCCAAUUUGGAUUUAAGGUCUUUGCAUAUGAUUUGUGAGGUUGUUCAAAUAGAGGGCUAUAAUUCAUCAAUGAAUUAUCAAGAGAUAAAAACUGAUGUUUAAUUUGGACAUACAAAGUCGUCAAGGUAAUCAUUGGCUUUUUGAAAUGAAUUGUGCCUUUGAGCCAUUUCGCCUUGUCCUGGACUAACCUGACAACUACUGGCAUGAAAUCUAUCAACUCAUGCACGCGCUUAUGCAUUUACUGUUUCAAAUGGUGCUUAGCACUGAACUUGCAAAAUGUAGACUUUUGGAAUCGAUUCAACUUAACAGCUUUUUAAAACUGUGGAAGGUGAUGCUGAGAAAUGCGAAAUGUGUGACGCACGGAGCCUUUAAUGGUGAAUGUGUCGAGAUAGAAAAUGUUCAGAACAAGGAAUGAAUAGAAACUUAAAAAACAGUGCCAUUUUAAAAUCAACUUGCAUUUAUUUAAACCAUGAAGAAUUUCCAUCGCGUACUUGUCAUAUUUCACCCCCUUAUGUUUUUUCUGUAUUUUCCUUACAAGCUGCCAAACGUGUUAGCUUCUUACUUGGAAUGUGUACGUGAUGAAAUUGUUGUGAAGCCCUCUUCCACUGAUGGAUUUGUGCAUCAUUGUUGCCUCGUUGCUAAUUCGUGAAGUCUGCUUGCCUUUUACUUUGGCCUCAAACAAGACUUCAUUCAUGAAGGCAAGUGAGUGACUUUCUUUUCUCUAAUUGUGAUAAGCCGGCUAUACAGUACACACAUUUGCCCUCUCACUGGGCUUUGAACAUAACAACGAGGUAGAGUAGAUCAAGUCAUAACCGGAAUGCUUUUCUUUUACUUCUGUUGAGUUGAAUAAAGAGUGUUUGAUCUU